UUGUGUGACAUAUCCUUUCCCUUUAGGAAACCAUAUAGAGGGCAUCGACACAUCCUGCCUAUCUUAUUUGCCAUUCAAGAAGUCAACAAGAGCCCUGCUCUCUUACGAAACAUUACCCUGGGCUACAACGUCUAUAACAACUUUUUCAAUGAAAGACUGACAUAUGAUAGCACGGUAGACAUGCUUUCUGCUGGCCACAAGAACAUCCCCAACUACAGCUGUGGAAGACAGAACAGCCUGUCAGCUGUCGUCGAGGGGACUGACUCUGAAAUCUCCAGUCACAUUUCAACCAUAUUGAGCAACUACAAAGUCCCACAGCUUCACCCAUUGCUCAGAAACCUCCAGUUGUACAAUGUUUCCCUGGAUGGUGUGUAUUUUGAUGAGAACGGGGAUCUAGGAGCUGACUUGGAUAUUGUGAACUGGGUGGCAUUUCCUAAUAUAUCCAUUGGUGGAGUGAAAUUUGGGAGUAUCGAGAGACAGGCAUCAAUGGACGUAAAGAUCACCAUUCAAGAAGAUGCCAUUGUAUGGCCCGCUAGAAUUAACAGGACCCAGCCUCAGUCAAGAUGCACCGAAAGCUGUCGCCCAGGAUACACGAAACUGGCUAGGGCUGGAGAACCAAUUUGCUGCUUUGAUUGUUCUCCAUGCAAGGAAGGGAUGGUCUCCACUCAGGAAGAUGCAAGCCAUUGUACCCAGUGUCCAGAAGAUCAGCAUCCAAACAAGGACAGGGAUGAAUGUGUCCCCAAGAUUGUUACCUUUCUGUUCUAUCAAGAGCCUUUGGGGAUCACUUUGGCUUUCUUUGCUCUGUUCUUGGCGCUUCUCACAAGCUUUGUCUUAGCAAUCUUCAUUAAAUACAUCGGAACUCCCGUGGUCAAAGCCAACAACCAGGACCUCAGCUAUAUUCUCCUCGUCUCCCUCCUUCUUUGCUUCCUGUCCUCUUUGUUGUUCAUUGGCCAGCCUGGAAGAGUGACCUGCCUUCUGAGGCAAAUGGCCUUCAGCGUCAUCUUCUCCAUUGCUGUCUCUUCUGUGUUGGCCAAAACAAUCACUGUGGUGCUGGCCUUCGCAGCCACAAAGCCAGGGAACAGGAUGAGGAAAUGGCUGGGGAAGAGCCUGGCAAACGCAAUUGUCUUUUCCUGCACCCUUGUUCAGGCUGCCAUCUGCAUUAUCUGGCUGGGAGUCUUUCCCCCCUUCCCAGAGUCCAACAUGAGCUCCCUGCCCACACAGAUCAUACUGCAAUGCAACGAAGGGUCUGUCGCCAUGUUUUAUGUGUCCCUUGGCUAUAUGGGCCUCCUAGCUGCACUCAGUUUCAUAAUAGCUUUCUUAGCUAGAGACCUGCCUGGGGCAUUCAACGAAGCCAAGUUGAUCACUUUCAGCAUGUUGGUCUUUUGCAGUGUGUGGGUGUCCUUUGUGCCCACCUACCUGAGCACAAAGGGGAAGUACAUGGUAGCUGUGCAGAUCUUCUCCAUCCUGGCCUCCGGUGCUGGCUUGCUGGGCUGUAUCUUUGUUCCCAAAUGCCAUAUUAUAAUACUGAGACCUGAUCUGAAUAUGAAGGAGCAUCUAAUGAUGAAAACAGAGGAUGGCCAAUGUUCCCUCUAA